AUGGCCGCCCCCGCCCCGUCCAAGACCACCUUCACCAUUGGCACCCGCAAGUCCAAGCUUGCCCUCGAACAGACCGAGCUGGUGCGCGCUGCCCUCAAGAAAACACACCCGAACUAUGAUUUCCAGAUCUUCUCCAAGGAGACCGCCGGUGAUCUCAACACCACCAUUGCGCUGAAGGAUUUCACGUCCAAGAACCUGUGGACGGAGGAACUGGAGGAAUUGAUGAUCGGCGGUCAGGUCGACUUCAUUGUGCAUUCUCUCAAAGAUGUCCCCACCCUCCUCCCCGAUACUUGUACCCUUGGCCCGAUGAUGCCCCGCGAAGAUAACAGAGAUGUUCUUGUCGUCAAGCAAGGGCUAUCGUUCAAGAGCCUAGAGGAGAUACCCGCAGGCUCCGUGGUCGGCACCUCGUCUAUCCGUCGGACAGCCCAAUUGGCCCGCAAAUACCCUCAUUUGAAGGUCCAAGACAUUCGUGGAAACAUUGGCACGCGGUUGUCGAAGCUGGACGCUGAGGAUAGCCCUUACGCCUGUAUCAUCAUUGCGGCAGCCGGUCUAUUGCGCCUCGAUCUUGGGGACCGCAUCACACAAUACCUUGACUCCAAGAAUGGCGGUAUGCUCUACGCUGUCGGCCAGGGUGCUUUGGGAAUUGAAAUUCGCAAGGACGACACAGUUUUGCAUGAGAUGCUGCGUCAAAUCGGACACCAGGAGACCACAUACGCUUGCUUGGCUGAGCGUAAUCUCCUGCGGACCCUCGAGGGAGGUUGCAGUGCUCCGCUCGGCGUUGAAUCUGAGUGGGUUCAGAGCUCUGACGGGUUGAAGAAAUUGCGCAUGCGCUCCGUGGUUGUUAGUGUGGAUGGCAAGCAAUGUGCUGAGGUGGAACUUGAUGGCGUUGUUGAUUCACCCGAAAGUGCAGAAGCUUUCGGCGUCACAUUGGCGAAUGCCCUGGUGGCCGAUGGUGCCGGAGCAAUUCUUGAGGAAAUCCAGCGCAAGAAAAUUGCCAAGGACAAUGUUUCUUCUUAA